UUCUGGCUCUCUCUCUCUCUCUCAAUGACGAGAUCAGGUGUGUCGCUCCUCCCUGCAGGACUCACCGCCGUUAUUGUUCUAGUACUGCUAGUCCAUCAAACUUUCGGCGUUAAGGACGGUGAUCACUGUGCUACUUCCUGCGGCAAUAUCCACAACAUAAGUUCUCCGUUUCGAUUGAGAGACCAGCCAGCAAACUGCGGCAAACCAGAUCACAAUCUGUCAUGUGAGGACGAUCAAACUGUGCUAUACUUAUUUGGCGGAAAAUAUUACGUACAGGAAAUCAAUUACAGUAACCAAACAAUACGACUUGUGGAAUCGGGUAUUCAGAAGGAUAAUUACUCCUCUAUCCCUCGUUAUUUUCUUAAUUACGACACAUCCGACAAGUAUCCAUAUUUUUUCUCUGAUCGGAACUAUAGUGCGGUGGCUUUUUUGAAGUGUGAAAAACCAAUGAAUUCAGGGAUCUAUCUGAACAAAUCUACUUGCUUUGAGAGUGGAGUGUAUUCCGCGUCCAACUCUACUAAUAAUUUGACCCAAUCCAAGCUGGGGUUUGAUUAUGUUACAUAUGGGUGGACGAAAGCAAGCGAUGUUGUGGAUGAAUCGUGCCAAGUAGAGCAGAUUGUUUGGACAUCGGAGCAAGGCCUAUUACCAGAUGAUGAUGAUGAAAGAAACUUCUCCUGUACAGACUACCACAACAAAUUGGCCUAUGGUUUUCAGCUUGUAUGGGACUACGCCAGUGGACGUUGUAUGAAUAGGUGUGGCAAAGUGGUUGAUUGCAGCGUCGACCCGAAUGGCACAUUAGUCUAUAUAAGCGACGACGGAUCAUGUACUGGACUCCCUAAAGAACUAUUUUGGUUAUACAAAGGAUUCCGCGGCAUACUACGUACUUUAUACGAGGGUGAGGUUAAUCUCUUUAAUUCUCAAAAAGAUAUUGUAAUUUCAAGCAUAUAUAUGAUAUUAGGAUGAAAUUGGCUUAGAAUAAAGAAUUUUCUUAGUUAAUUAUCCAAUUUAGAAUGAAGAAUUUUCUUUGAUGUACUCUUAAAAUUAUUUAUUUAAGUAUUCA